ACGCCGCCGCACACAACACAGCUGCGAGAGUGUGGGGUUGGUAUGGUAAAAAGCAAUCAUCAAACCCACCCACCCUCUCGAUGUUUGGUAGUAGAUGUGUGAAAACGUUAAGUGUUUUUCACUUUAAUGCUUGAAGCGGAAGUGUGAGUUCUUAUAUGGGAAAAAGAGUGCGUUAUAACAUUAACGUUACCGGAAGGCGGAAGUGAGAAUUAACCAGCUGCCCAGUGUGGUGUGUAGGGCAAAAAAAAACAAGAAAAACCCGUAAUGAUCACCCAUAAUAUGCUCACUGCAUUACGGCUAUAGUGUUGGUGCCAAAAUUAACGUUGUUAUAAGCGGUAUACGCUAGUUGCAAAGAAUAUAGUGCGCAAAAACCGGUGUGGCGUAAAAGGCAGCCGCCCCACAGAGUAAGGGUGAGAAUAGAAGAAAGCCGCGCGCUAGAGGACCGCAAUUGGCCCUCGUCCAAGUGGAACAACCCCCGGGUUUUCAAGUACAAUAUUCCCCCGAAAAAACGGUUGAGAACUGCGUAGUAAGGACUGCCGGUGGUUUUGUCGAAGGCCGCCAUCCAAGCUGUGGAGAGUAGUGUGUGUUUACUGCUUGCACGAAGCUUGCAGCAGGAGCCUUUUAUAAGGGAGGCGUUUUGUGAUAUUGAUAACGAUGAAGAGCGCGGCACACGAUAAGAGUGUUGCAAUCAUGCUAAGCGCUUAAGGGAGGAAACAAACAAACGAAAAAAAAAAGCACGAAGGAACUGGAACCGUAUUUAUGCACACAGUCACAACACCAAAGGAUUAAUCUAUAUAGAGGCAAGCUGUUAUUUAUUGGAAGGUCCUAUCCAUCUAUCAUUGAUAAAACCUUCCACACGUCGCGACACCUUUCCGGACGUUUCUCAAGAUUGUUAUCUGCUGUUCUCAAUAACGCUGUGCAAACACGAAUAUCCCAAGUUGCUUCAAUCUACAAACUGUUCUGUCCACUGCAACUGCGCGCGGUGGCCCAUAGUGUUUUCACGCACGUAUUAGUACACGACACCAAUAACAUCACCACCCUAGUACCACCCGGAGGGCAAUUGAUCGUUUGCCACGAAAGCGCGUUGGAGUAGCCAAUUGUGCACCGUGUGUGAGUGAACCCAUUUCAUGGACGCGCAAUACGAUCAAGGUAGCUUCCUGCUGUAUCUGGCCAUCUUUGUCCACAAUCUCACGUUCCUGCUCCAUUGGGCGCAGAAUUACCUGAAGGUGGUUGCAGCCUGCGUGCAACGCUCGACAGAAGCAGGUGGUGGUGGUGGUGGCGGCGGAGGUGGUGGAGUAGGUGUUGAGGAAAGUUUGGCCGAAACCGGCGCGGAUUCUGUCGCAUCGUCCAACCCGAAAGCGCCCGACAGCGGCGACAUGCGUGAGAUGGCCCAUGCACUAUCACUACCCGCGCCAAUUGACAUACCGGACAACAAGCAGAAAGAUGACGAUCUGGCCUGCAUGUCCCCGGAAUACUUUCACAUCGAGGAGAACCGGUUACGCACAUUUGCCCGCUGGCCGGUAACGUUCGUCAGCUCGAGCGUGCUCGCCCGGUACGGGUUUUACUACGUCGGCACGGACGACACGGUAAAGUGUUACUUCUGCCGGGUGGAGAUCGGACUGUGGGAACCGCAGGACGAUGUGAUACAGGAACACCUGCGCUGGUCGCCGUUCUGUCCGCUGCUGAAGAAGCGCCCCACGAACAAUGUGCCGCUGAACGCGAACUACCUCGAUGCGGUACCGGAACCGAGCUUCGAUACCUGCGGCAUUAGCGUGCGACAGCAUUCCUACGCCGAGAAUGCUAACGAUCGGGUACGCAUUGAUCUGGACCGCAUGAGCGGUGACUCGUGGAGUGGAGCGAGUGACAUUAGUAUCAGCAGCAGCGGCAGCAGCGGCAAUGGGGCUGGUGAGAUGGAACCGAUGGCCGGUGGAGCUAGUGGACUGCAGCAAGAUCGGGCGUCGAUGACGGCGGCCGAAUGGAAUAAUGGUGUGCUGAUGGGUGAGCACAGCCUAAUGCGUCGUCCGGAGUAUCCGAACUACGCGAUCGAAGCGGACCGGCUGAAGACGUACGAAGAUUGGCCAACGUCACUGAAGCAAAAGCCGCAACAGUUGAGCGAUGCCGGCUUUUUCUACACCGGCAAAAGCGACCGGGUGAAGUGCUUCAGCUGUGGCGGUGGCCUAAAGGACUGGGAGCAGGACGAUGAGCCGUGGGAGCAGCACGCAAUCUGGUACAGCAACUGUCACUAUCUGCAGCUAAUGAAGGGCCGCGAGUUCAUUCAACAUUGCAACGAAAAGAAGGAUGCGGCCGCCGCUAACAAUGGCACCUCGUCGUCGAUGUCGUCCGCUUCCUCGCAACCGUCCACGUCCGGCAUCAGCUCGGCGUCGUCGUCGGUUAUGAGCACCUCGCCCGCUUCGUCCAGCGGUUUCAGCUCACCCACGCCGGCCGCGGAUGAGGAGCGCACGCUGCGCUGCAGUGACCACUUUUCGUCCGGUAGCGAUGAGGGUGAGGAUGAUACCGGCAACAACCGGAAGGUACCGUCGGACGGUAAGAUCUGUAAGAUCUGCUUCGUCAACGAGUACAACACCGCGUUCAUGCCGUGCGGACAUGUGGUGGCCUGCGCGAAGUGUGCCUCGUCCGUCAACAAAUGUCCGCUCUGUCAGCAACCGUUUAUAAAUGUGCUACGGCUGUACCUGUCGUAAGGAGCCUUAUUGCAACGAAAUCGGCAUCGAUCAGCCAUAGGGUGUGGUAAAGAUUUUGGGAAAAAUCGAUCCCUGGUUUGUCGUCGUUUCAAUCCCCCACCGUUGUUACCUGGGCUGUGCCUAUGUAUGAUGGUUGCGGAUCCAAUUGUUCCCCGAUAAGGAGGGAACGGUUGACUAACCUCGUGCGUGUAAUAGAUUGUCUAACCAGUAAAACCCCUUAACACCACCCCUUUACGUGCCGGGAAUAUCGAUCUUCGGGUGGUUCGCAUUGGGAGUUGAAAGAACGCCAUCUCUGCUACGGUUGCGACAGUUUUGCCGUCGCCAACAAGGAUAGGGCGAUGGAGAAGCAUGAAAUGAGUGGCAAAUAGGUGCGUCUCACCUUUAUCACCGAGUAACAACUUUAACAGACAUAAAAAGAAAGAUCGAAUGAGAUCGAGGUCGUGGUACAGGAUGAUGAAUAUGUGUUACUAGGAAAAUAAAAUUUUCCUAUACAGUAAGGAUAUGCAAGAGAACGAGGUAUCAGGGAGUGCGGUAAAUAUUUGUGAAGGAAGGAAGGAAAAAACAAACAAACAACAUUUCGCUCUGGAUGUAUAUCGGUUGAUGCCAGACAGCAUUUACACACUCCGUAUGCGGUUUGGCAGUCACGCGAUCGGUAUUGCCAGGGUCUGUACAGAUAGGAAGUAACUGAAUGUUGAAAUUUUGAUCCGAUUGGACGAAGAUUAAACUAUAAAGAAACGAACCCGCAUGUGCACGCGUUACUGUACCAUAAGCAUGUGAUCGUGAACGUACUUCGGUUGCCUGGUGGAAAUCAUUCUUCAAAUUCUCAUGUUUUACUACAUCGUAAGCUUUUUAUUAAGCUUACUUUGCAAUCAAAUGUCUCUUUUCCUUUUGGGGGGGCUUUUUGUUUGGAACUUUUUUACAGUCGAACUGUGAAAACCAUAGCUCCCUGAAGAAGCCGCCCUCGAGGGAAGGACAUUUUUGUGUUGGUACUUUACUAUUAAAGGUGGGGCAACUUGCGGUGCGUUAACGGUACCGUGUACUGUGGUAGAUAACUGACGAUGAUAAGAACAUAUUUAGGUAUAGCAAAAAAAAAAUUAUCCUUGAAAGUUAGGCUGCGUGUUUUAAUUUAGCGGUUAAGCUUUUUUCCACCCACCUCGGAGAGGAAGAUGGCAACGGUAGAUGAACAAUGAACUAAUAAGAACUUUUGCUCCAGUUCGUAUUUGAAAUGUUAGGUUACAGGUAACAGGACACAGUGAUAAAAUAUACACACACACACACCCAAACACACACGGGGAAAAAAAUACAAAAAACUAUGCAAACGAAAUGAUUUCAAGUAAAACCAUCUCUCAGUAACAUUAACGGAUAAACACAUACUCACACUAAUGCGAGCAGAACCGAAAACGAUCUCUCCAGACGAAACAGGAACACAGCUGUGUAUGAUUGAAGUACCUAAAAUAUAGCGACUUUCGAAUAACCUUGAAGAUUCUAGUGUGGAUAUAGUUUAAGCUAAUGUCAUAUUAACGUAACAAUAAAUUGCAUUGUGAAGAAUAAUGUUGAAACUGCUA